CCCAAAGUGGGUAUAAGUGGGCCGUAGCAAGCCACAACACUGGCCCGCAGUCGAAGGCAUGGAUGAGCCCGGUAGACUUUUCGAGUGUUGAAAGAGUAUUUUUUUCACCGUUCUCUCUUCGCCUGCGAUCUUUACAACCGAAAGGUUUUCCCUCCUCUAGCAGAUACCAGGCGACCAUUACUACAGCGAACAGCGAGCAGCGAGCAAGCGAGAGGCUUCACCAUGUCGGCAAUGCGGAAGCACAACGUCACGACCUUCCCUCGUCCGCCAAUUGUGGAGAGGACGAACCGUCACAUCCAGAUCAAGUGGCAUGGCCAGCUAUUAGCCGACUGCCCGCCGGGCGAGGCUUACUGGGUGCUCGAGGCCCAUCACGCUCCAGUCUACUACAUCCCGCCCCAACGAGUCCGGUUGCCCCUCUCGACCACACCUCGGUCGACCUUCUCUGAGUUCCAUGGCGCCGCCACAUACUAUGCCAUCAUGAGCCCCAUCUCGGCCGCCGAGAUCAUCCACAACCGCAUCUGGUCGUACAACGAGCCGCCCAAGGAGUACGAGGCUAUCAAGGGCUAUCUCGCCUUUUAUGUCGGGCCCUGGGAGUGCUAUGUUGACAACGAGAGGGCCCACGCGCCGCCGGGCGACUACUACGGCGGCUGGGUCACGAGUGAUAUCGAAGGCCUCGUAAAGCCACCUCACCAGUGGGGAACCGGUUGGGACGCUGUCUUCUAGGGUGGUGAUUGGGGAGAGAAGGAGGGGAGGCAAAUUUUCACACACCGCCGCCGCUAUCUCUGGAGAUAGCUCGGGGCGGUCAGCAUGUUCGGUGUCUGAGGCGUUGGGAAACGGUCCAUAACACAUCGGGGGGGCAUUGGGCUAGGGCGAGGUACAGUGAUAGACGGAAUCGGAGUAGAAAAAGUGUUUUUUUUGUGUCCACAGUUUGAAACAUUCGGUGGGAUGAGCUGUGAUCCCGUGAGCAAGUUGUCUGGCGGGUUCUUGAUAGCCAGCGAGUUGCCGAAC